AUGGCGUCGUCGCUGCCCUUCACUCCAUCGUCCUCGACAGGCCCACGCUCGUCGUCUUCUCUGGUUUCUCUCCGCCGAUCCGUCCGCUACACGGAAGCUUCUCGCCGCCCGAUUCCUGGAGCUGGGCGCUGCGUGGUAACCGCUGAUCGAUUUUUUCUCUUCUCCCUGUUUAUGCUUCCCGGGGAGGGUUUUUCCGUUUUGGGUUUAUCGAGAGAAGGAAUUGAAACGGGGGCUGGUGUUGAGAGUUGCCGGCCGGUAGAUAAGAGUCUUUGUGGAUGCAGAGUUGCAGGCUGAUCGAGCCUUUGAAGUUUGCUAAUGGAGCACCGCCGUCUGUUCCGAUCCUCGCUGAUCAGAGGAUCCCCGGCUUGCGGAAAUCUGUACUGCUGCAGGAUAUAGACGGAGAUAGCGACACAAAGCUGCGGAUAUUCUCGGGCACUGCGAAUCCUGCUCUCUCUCAGGUACCUAAUGGAUGGAUGAAGGAGCUUCUUACUGGGGUUCAUGGGUAGAUGAAAAAAGGUUUUAUGCUGAUACGGCUAUAUUCCCCGCUGAAUAUUGAGUUUUUCAUUUAUCAUUUUCUGUUCAUUUUAGUGCUUUUAUGAGGAAAGUUUCUUGAUGACAAUUACCUGGAAUAUCUUUCUGUCACAUAAAUCUGUAACUCUGGGAUUUUUGGGAGAGAAAAAAUGAUGCGGUUUUUAUGUGGGACUGAUUGGUUUCAAAUUUCAUGCAUAUAUUGACAAAUAUUAGCAUCACUUGAAGUAAAUUAUUUAUCGAACUCCGGAAUCUUAUGGAUUAUACUUUUGAAACGUUGCAUUCUCUGUACUAAUUUGAUAGCUGGUAAGACAUCAUUGCUGCUGCUUUCCUAUUAUGCAAUGUGCCUUGUAAUUUUCUUCUUCAAUCAAUUGAAACAGUUGGUUUUUUCUUUAACCUGAAGAAUGAUUCAUCCUUCCAAGAGGACAUAAGUUGACUUUUGCUAAAUUCCCGAUAUUGCCUCCUAGGAAGUUGCAUGCUAUUUGGGUCUGAAUCUCGGAAAAAUCAACAUAAAAAGGUUCGCUGAUGGUGAGAUCUAUGUUCAACUACAAGAGAGUGUGAGAGGAUGCGACGUUUUCCUAGUUCAGCCAACCUGCCCACCAGCAAAUGAGAACCUUAUGGAGCUCCUGAUAAUGAUAGAUGCCUGCCGCAGAGCAUCUGCAAAAAACAUUACGGCCGUCAUCCCAUACUUUGGUUAUGCCAGAGCUGAUAGAAAGGUAAUUGUCUUGUCCCUUGAAUAAUGGAUGGCCUUCAUUAACCUGAUUUUAAUUUAUUGUGUCAAUAUUUAUUAAUAAAUAGUCUCUUUAUGUGGUGCUUUAAAUAUGUCAUUGCAGGUAACAUACGAAUGUUAGAUAUUUCAUGUGAUGAAUCCUUCAUCCUUUGCGUAAUUAAUGUCAAAAAAAAAAGGGAAGUUAAAGAAAGAGUGGGUUUUGUUACAUUGUGCGUCUUUAGCAUCGUUCCGCCAUAUAUUUGUUGGAAUGAUCGAUAAUUGUGUCAUUCAGCUAAUCCUUGCCGAUCUUCGCUGACCCACAUCUUCUUGAGGCAGCUUCUGAGGGGAUUAUGGUUGAACUAGUGGAGUGACAUGUAUUUUAGGCAGAAGUAGAAAUCUAGACAUUUCUGGUGAGACUAGGUACUUUAGCAAAGGUAUAUGUGCAGUCCAGUACAUAGAUAUCUCUGUGUUCUAAAGCCUUUUAUCUUUCAAUUUAUUUGUUUAUUUUUUAAAUUCUUGGGAUUUAUCCUAUAAUCUCUUUGCUUGAUUAUUCAUCUUUCUUUAUUGGGAUUUGUUCUCUAAAUCGAUUUUCAUUAGCUGCUUUGAACUAACCAUGCUCUUUGCAUCAUCAUGAUUAUGUUAUAUCUAAUGUAACUUGAGAUUAGAGACUAGUACCUUAUGCGAUAAGGGAAAAACCCUGGUGUUUGCUACAUCUCUAGGAAUGAGAUAUCUACAAAGCACGAACAUAUAUUGAACAGCUGCCAUGAUAUUUAUCACUUAUUUUGACCCUUUAUUUCUUCAGACCCAAGGACGUGAAUCGAUUGCAGCCAAACUUGUAGCAAACUUGAUUACGGAAGCAGGUGCUAACCGUGUGCUUGCUUGUGAUCUCCAUUCGGGACAGUCUAUGGGAUACUUUGAUAUUCCAGUUGACCACAUAUAUGGACAAGUAAUUAUUUCUAUGUGAUUUAACAUAUUGUUAUUAACUCUUUAUUAAGGACAUCAAUUUCAUUCCAUUGAUCGUUCUUAUUAAUUAUGUUUUGCACUUGUAGCCUGUGAUCCUUGAUUACUUGGCCAGCAAGACUAUCUGUUCAGAUGAGCUGGUAGUGGUAUCGCCUGAUGUUGGAGGUGUCGCUAGGGCCAGAGCUUUUGCUAAGAAGCUGUCUGAUGCCCCAUUGGCUAUUGUUGACAAAAGACGUCAAAGUCACAAUGUUGCAGAGGUAAGGUUUAACUUUCUAGGCAUGACCUGUGUUAUUGCAGGUGCCAAACAUCACUCGAUUUUGAAGUAAAAUUAUAUUGAACCACCAAUAAAUGGUGUUAUUGCUCUGAUCUCAUUUUCCAUAAAAAUUGUAUUUUUACCUCAUCCGAACGACUUCAAGUUUGGGAUCAUUUCCACACGCUAACAAAUAUUUCAUUGUCAAAUACUUAACUUGGUUUCAUAUUAACUAUUUUUUUAUGACUGGAUAACAAAAUCCGGCCUCCUGCAACCCAUAUUCUCCUCUGGUACAGCCUUGCUUUUAUUCUAGCUUAUUGCGAAUCUGAUGGGCCCUAAGACUACUUUUCUCGUAUAGGUAAAUUUCGUUGGAGGCAGAAAACCAUCGUAUGUACUUAUUCUUUGGCCUGAAGAUUUCUCUGGCUUACAGUCUGCUUUCUUCAUGCCACAUCUUAAAAAUGUUCAAAGUGAAUGCAUUACUCACUAAUUUCAUCGUUAUUUGGGAUGACGCAUGCAUAAGCUCCUGGAAGGGUUCAGUCAGGGUUUAUUCUAAUUGGUGGAUCUUUUCAUAAAUUAAAAAACUGAUAAUAUGUUCACUGUCAUUUACUUGAAGCUCCUAUGUUUCUCAAUUUUCUGUCCUCAAUUUCUGGUUGUUGAUCUAUGUAGCUCUUCAGGAGGUGAAGGGUUGUUUACCAAUACAAGUUGUAUCAUAAGAGUUUUGAAGCUACUAGUCUAGUCCCAAUCACUCACAACUGAUAGUUUGUCGUAGGCCAGUACUAAUGCUUUACGUUUGUGUCCAGUGUGGAACUAGAUCAUAGCUAUUACUAUUUGACAUGUAAUAUUUUGUGAGAAACAUGAAAAAGGAAGAGAAUAAAUACUAGCAUGAUAGUUAUCAGAUAAAAUACUAAAAACUGGAGAUAAUUUUAUUUCCAGCUUUGGGAAGUAGAGAACCGGGGAUCUUCAAUUUAGGAAGUUCAAGGACUUUAUUUUUCUGGAAAACGACAUAUAUUUUGGAAAACGGCUACUCCAGACUUUCACACAAACUGAUGGAAACAGUUUGGGAUAUAGACCUAGACUUCCCCCUGGGUGGUUCCUCACUGCCUAGUGUACAACCCUGGGAACUCAAUUCUAUCUUCCCAACUUUCACAUUUUAUAAAUGUGUCCAUAUGCAAGGUCUUCCUUGAUGCCAGUAGGUGAUAAAUUUUGAUUUACUAUGAAUCACGAUGCUAGCCAAGGCUUUUAAAACGGUUCCAGUUCUAGAACUUGGCCGGCACAUUUUUCUCUUCAUUUAAUUUUCUGUGUUUUCCUGUUCGUUGCAUGAUCAAGUUUUUUACACUAGAAGUAAUGUCCUGAUGCUCUCUUAGUUUUGAUGUAUUUAUAAACCACAACUCUCAAUGUCGCUAUUAUUUAUAGCUAUCUAUUGAUUUUCCUGCAUUCAUCAUGUGUUUCUUGGCUCUGUUUUUUGGGUUUUUCGAUUGUGGGUAAUUGAGACUUGGCUUUUGUUAUUGCUUACUUUUCAUAACAUCCUUUCCCAAAUAUUUCCUUACGUGUUCUGGUAUCGUUAAAUAUUUCCAUCGCCACAUUUUCUCGGACUAGACACAUUGACAUUCCAUCGUUGUUGCAUCUUGUUAAAAUGGAGAAAAAAACCUCGUCACAGAGGACAGAGCGGAGAACGGCGUAAACCGCCUCAAGAUUCAUUCAACUCUAACCCCUGUUAUAUAGGGAGUAGUAAUAUACAACUUUUGCAAAAACACCUUCAACUAAUUACACCAUUUCCCUACAACCUAGAACUUCCAACACUCUCCCUCAAGAUAACUUUGAAAAGUUCAUCUUGACUAAGUUGGUGAUGACAAAAAUCUUGCCCUCUGAGCAUUCACUUGUUAGUGAUGACGAAGAUCUGUUGUGGCAGCAACUCUCCCUUUUAUGGUAUUCACAGAUGACUACCACCACUGAGGUUGUGGAUUUGUUGACUCCUUUGGCUCCUCUGAUGCUUGUCAUGCCCCAAGGACAGGUCACCAUGGAUAUGAUAGCACCACACACUUGUAACUUGAUCAUGAUGCUCACUAUGUCCUAGGGCUGCAAAGCUUGCCUCGGAGUCAUGAGGUAGUUGACAGGGUGGCACCAAGCACGCAGAGAGUAUCCCUCUGCUAGGAGAUUUGCAUAGUGCCAAGCUGAUGCAAAGACUCUCAGGUAUGACGAUUGAUGUGAUGUUGGGCCUCAGCUCUCAGAAGAGGCGAGGGCCAGCACCCCUCCCACCAAUCAAGUAAUGAACUCGUGGAGGAAUUAGAAGGUGAAGGCCAUUUCGACGAAGGUAGAGGUGAGCAGACAGCACCAGACAACUUUGGACUAUAGCAAUGAGGAACUGAUGCAGAAUAGAGGGAGAUGGACUAAGGAGGACAGAGUAGGACACUAGAUUGAGAUAAGCAUGGAUAAGAGAGGCUGAUUUUACCUCUUUUAAGAAUGCUGAUGAAGACGGAAAUAAUGGUAAUGAACCUAGAUGUUUCAACCUCUAGACAGAAGGCUUGAUGCAGACAGAAAUGACGCGAAUGAACUUGAAGAUGUCGUUGAGGAACCUGCUGCUGAUGAACUCAGAUAUAUUGUCAAAUGACAAAUGGAGAUCACUCUCGAGGACACGAGACAGAGCAAGAUCAGUGCUCUCUCGUCGUAGAACUGCCUUGCUUGUAGAGGACCUCACUAGAAGAGGAGGCAACGCUGGAGUGCCGGCAGAGAUGAUAUCGACAGUAGUGGUAACUUAUGACUCCAACUAGAAGAAAAACUCAUCUUCUCCAGACAAAAGGACUGACGGAUGUAGAAUUUCUCUGAAUGGCGGAAAGAAAACAUGGUCGAAAUGGCAGGAUAUCAGGUCUAUACAUGGUGGAAAGAUAACACGCCUCAAAUGGCGUAAGAAGUGCUUCAUGAUGACACCAGAAAGAAAUUCGGCAGAGGCAGAAGGCCUUGCCAGAAAGAUACUCAGCAGAGGCGGAAGGCCUUGCCAGAAAGAUACUCAGCAGAGGUGGAAUGCCUCACCAGAAGGAUACUCGGCAGAGGCAGAAUGCCUAACAGAAAGGUACUAGGCAGAGAUGGAAGGCUUCGCCGGACAAAGAGGGCUUUGAAGCCCUAACAUGUAACCUAUUUAUCGUCAGAUGCCAGUGAUGAUGACAUUGACACUCCCUCAGACAACAAACGCCAGGCAGAACUUAUGUCAAACAGAGGCGACAGCGGCAGAUGGAAGAUGCCGGAUACCGCCGGAUACCGCCGGACUCCAGUAGUGGUGGUGAUGGUGCUCCCCCAGACAACAAACGUGAGACAGCAGAGCCAACAAGCACAACUUUUGCAAAAACACCCUCGACUAAUUACACUCUUUCCCUACGACCUAGAACUUCCAACACAUCUAAUCCACAGUCUCAAUAAAAAAAAUAAAUUCAAGAUAGUUUACUUAUCUAUUUACUUCUCUUGUUGUUUAAUGAGAUGGUGUAACCUCCAGCCCUCUCUGGUCAUCCACAAUGUUCAACCAUUUCUUGAGAUGAUUUUGAGUUAUUAGAAUACAUUUGGUCUGAAUUUCAGCCUUCUAAUAGUUGUUAUUAUGCCAAAGUAUCUUCUAUGGGAUCAAAGGUACUCAAUUUGGUCCCCCCUCCAAGAUUCUAUUAGAAUGUGUGCAGCAUAAGGGACUGUGGCCUCUGUUGUCUUCUGCUGAGAUGAUGAGGGUUUCUCAAUACUAGUUUGAUGACCGCAAAAGCUCUUUCAUGCACCUUCCUUAGAUAGUUAUAUUUCACUGAGAGAGUGACUUCAUCUCAAGACAUGUGGGUGAGUGGUGCAGAAGUGAUCAAGAGAGAGUGCCUAUGUCUGAGGGGUAAAGGAUGUUGAAGAUCAAGCUCCUUGCGUUUAUAUGUCCGGCAAAAGCAAGAUCAUGAUAUUAGAAGGCAUGCUGUCUAAAUCUUAUGUUGUCAUGGCAGUAAAAACCUUUCAUUUCAUUAAUUUUGACGAACAGUGGCCUCUUGAUGACCUUUCAUUACUGUUGAUAGUGAUACAAUCCAAGGAAAAAGGAAAUUAGUUUCAUUUAAAGGGUAUCCGGAUUUGACUUUUAGAUUAGUUAUUUUAUGAGAUGCACAAUCAUUGAUAGCGCACAGUAUUUAUCACUUCUUUAUAUUUUUCUUUCAGAGAAUCAUGUCUAUUGAGACAUUCAUUGUAAUCUUAUUGUGAAAAGCUUGUACUUUCGCAGGUCAUGAAUCUCAUAGGAGAUGUGAAAGGGAAAGUCGCUGUUAUGGUGGAUGACAUGAUCGAUACAGCUGGUAAGUUUUGGGCUAAUAUCACCGAUUAAAUAUCUCGAAAUAAAUAUUUCUUUAAACAUGAUGAAAGUGAACUCCAACCAGCUUCGCAAAGUUCACAUAUUUAUAAAUUUGUAAUUUGGCUUUACUAUUUUUUACAAAUAUGAGAUUUAUUUAAACAUGAUAGUAAUAAUCAGGCAUAAGCAUGAAAAAUUUCCAUUUAAGGCUAAAAACUUGAUUGUCAAUGCUUCUUUUUUGUCUCUGCUAUGCAGAAUUAAGAUUCGGGUUGCUUUGUUAUUGUGAAUAUAGGGACAAUCGCGAAAGGAGCAGCUCUGUUGCAUGAAGAAGGAGCCAGGGAGGUCUAUGCGUGCUGCACGCAUGCAGUGUUCAGGUGACCUCUCUCUCCCUCCCCGUUGACUUGAUGCCAUUUCUUUUAUCUCCUGAGGAUUGACUUAGGCUGCCAUCUGACUAAUCUUCAUGCUCGUAGCCUGAUGAUAUUUCAAAGAAUCACUUUGGCUCAGUGAGCAUUUGAAACAUAAUUGUAACCGAAAUUUUUAUCUUUAUGAAUAUUUUAGAUUCUUGUGGAUUUAUUGAUCAGGACUUGGCUGAAACCUAUCAUACCCAUUAAUUAAUUUUUUUUCCCAUGAUUUUGCCUCGAUUAUAAAUUAUUUUAGUAAUAUCUUAUAUAAUAGCAUAUCCUAUCUGAGAAGUUCAGUAGCUCUUUCCUAUUGUUGGAUUCACAUGGCGGCAUCAACCAGUUUCUUGCGUAAAUUCUUGGAUUCAACCACGCCUUUCUAUUUUUAUCAUUCAAGUGCCUAAGAAAGGUGAUCACACUGAUGGUCUGACAAAACCCUUCUUGGUAUCCAUUGAAUCAAAUAUUUUUUAUGAGAUUUCCUGAACUGGGCAUGGCUUAAUUGUCUCAGGUUCAUCAUACCUGUUACAUCUAUUUUUUUUCUGAGUUCUUUACCCAGCUUAUAUAGACUCCAUUGAUAGAAAUGAUCCUUUUUUUUUUUCCUUUUUCUGGCAGCCCUCCGGCGAUUGAGAGGCUCUCCAGCGGUAUAUUCCAGGAGGUCAUCAUCACAAACACCAUCCCCGUCUCAGAGCACAACUAUUUCCCCCAGCUGACGGUUCUCUCUGUGGCAAACCUUCUGGGCGAGGCUAUCUGGCGUGUCCAUGACGACUGCUCUGUGAGUAGAGCAUCAUCCUUAGCUACCACUUAUCUUAUCCUGGAAAUUUCUUAUUUAGGCUUUCUUGCUCCAUUUAUUUUAUAUUUUCAUCUACCAAACACCUAG